UGGUACAAGAAAGUAUUUUCUCGAUCUCAUGUUGCCUUCAGGAACAAACAGGGAAUGCCAGUGAUGCACACUAUCCUGCUAACAACAUACAAAAUUGGAUGCUUUUCGAAUUUCUCAACGAGGCAGGCACUAUCCGUUAAAAUUGAGGAGAAAAGAAGAGGGCGUAAGAGGACGAUCUCUUUAAUCUUUACUUCAGGUGUUUUACCAAAAGACGGGAAAAGUCGUUCAGAUCUUCUCGAGACUUGCUGUCACAAAACCCUCGAGACAUUGAUGCCACUGUGAAUUUGAGAAGGGAGGAGUAAGCGGAGAUGAACAUGGCUGAAGAGUUUCCGAUGUUGGGAUCUUCGGAGGCCAAAUCGAAGAUCCGACAGUUCGUAGACAUCCAAGGCGACGGAGGAAGGUGCCGCGCCACCCUCUACGACGUGCUCCGCCGAUUUCUCGCCCAAAUCUUUUUUCCGAACCCCGAAGUCCGCGCCCCGUUCGUCCAGAGGAUCAACCGAUCCGUCAAGGAGAAUGCCGACGAUUUCAAGGAGGCAUCCAAGGACUUUGCCCAGGGCGUCGUCGCUUGGACUCGCCGUGGCGGCGCAUGGCGCGCCAUCAUCGUCAUUUCCGCUGGAGCGAUUAUUCUGGUGGGACUGACGGGAUUGUUGGCGUUUACGAUCUUCUUCUGCGCGGCCACCAUUAACGCGCUUGUGAUCUCUCUGCUGAUGUCGCUAGCGGCCGCCGGCGGUUUUAUGGCUCUGUUUCUUGCAUGCGUGACGGCAAUUUAUGUUGGGGCCCUCUUUGUUGCCGUUUGCACCGUCUCUACGAUCACAUUCAUCACCAUCUUUGCCGUUCUGGUGACAACAGGGUGGGUUUUCUUCUUCUGGAUUGUGUGGCAAGCCGUGAAGAAAAGCUUGAACGUCACAAAACACUCCCUGAAUGCAGUCGGUUCAGCAAUUUCUGCUUACUCUGGCGCACGACAUGCUCAUCAUCAUGACCACACUAAGUGAAUCCUUUAAGAGGCUAAGUAGCUGUUGCCUCUUGUGCGAUAACAGGAGCGGUGGCUUUUCUUGUUUUAGUCUGUACAUAAUAGUGUCAAGGAUCUUGUGUCAAUGGUGGGACAGUUGUGGAGUCUUGUGUCACAUGGUAGAACAGCUGCCGUGUAUCUCUCCUCGGUGUUCUGUUGGAGUGCUGUCUCUUGCAUGGCAGUUUAUCGCCAUGGUCACCGUGAAGAUUGAGGUUGGUUUGGUUCUACUGGUUGGUGACCUUAAUAAGAUGAAAACUUCCUUCUUUUCUUCCCUUGUUUCCUCUGAUUCGUGCAGCUUAUGAGUAUUGAAAGCGGAUUUGGUUACUCAAGAUUGGGAAGUAAUUUUGCUUGAUGAAUCUAAUAAAUGGAAAGCAAUUUGUGUC